AUGGUGGCCCAAAAAAAAACAAAAAAGGCGAUCGAGAGCAUCAACUCUCGCUUGGCUCUCGUCAUGAAAAGUGGUAAAUACUUUUUAGGCUACCAGCAGACGUUGAAAACUUUGAGGCAGGGAAAGGCGAAAUUGGUAAUCAUUGCCAACAACACCCCGCCUCUCAGGAAGAGUGAGAUCGAGUACUAUGCCAUGUUGGCCAAAACAGGGGUCCACCAUUACAAUGGCAACAACAUUGAGUUAGGGACUGCUUGCGGAAAAUACUUCAGAGUUACAACACUCAGUAUUACUGAUCCAGGUGACUCUGACAUCAUCAGAAGCAUGCCAACAACAGAGAUGGCCUCAUAA